UCUUAUGUGCUCACAGUGCUGCCUUUCAGCUAAAAGCUUUUUGUGCUGCCAGUGGAGCAGAAUGGAAGGAAAAAGAGAGCGGAUGGGAGUGGUAAGAAAAGAGGGGAGGGAGGAUAUAGGGCCUUUCUCCCCGUUGCCAAGGCAACUUGAUGUCACGGUGACAUCAUGCGGCAUUAAAAGCUUUUAACCGGAUUGCUCUCCUGCCUUAGGCCCCAUUUUGAGUCCUCUUUCAGCUAGGCUAGGGGGAAGGGCACAGGCAGAACGGUGGUGUGUUUUCUUUCUUGCAUGUAUCCCCACUUCACUGCAGACUCAACUCAGCUCUUAGCACAGUAAAAAGACUUUCAAAUUCAACCUCUGAAGAUCCUAUCUCUGCAAACCCAGCCAGCACAGACUGAGAGAGCCAUUUCAAAAAUGGCAACAGAGGACAGUUUCAGCUACCUGAUGCCAGGCCACAGUGAGAAACACAGGCGGGCCCCGAACUGGACUGAUGGCGAAAUGAAAGCCCUCUUGUACGUGUGGGAGGAAUACCACAACGAACUGAAAACGAGCAAGAGGAACGCCAAGGUUUAUGAGAAGAUGUCCCAGAGGUUUUUCCAGCUGACUGGAGAGCAGCGUUUUAAAGAGGAGAUCAAAAUGAAAAUCACCAACAUGUCUUUUCAGUACAGGAGACUGAAAGCCACAGCUGGUGAAGCUGGUGAGACGCCGGAUUGGCCUUACUACAAGCCCAUCGAAAAGAUCCUCUCCAAACCAUUGGAGAAUGGCAGGGGGAACUCACUGGAGUUUCAGGCCACCACUGCAGGUCCCUCCACUUCCUCCCAGUCCACAGACAACCUCUUGUCCCAGCCAGAGGAUGGUGUGAUGGGGUUCCUCCCAGAGUAUACUGGCUCCUCAGAUGAGAUGGAGAUCAAAGAAGAGCUGGACUCGUUGAGCUCUGACAGUGAGCACACACACGGCUCCAGCUCCCAUCCCAUCUCAGCCAGGAAAAAGCAAACCAACAGGCGUCUGUUCCUAAAAAGAAAGAAACUGCAGAUUAUGCAUGCCAUGUUGCAGCAACAAAAGAGGUCAAGCCGGGCAAUAGAGGAGACGUGCAGGGAGGUCCGCAGAGCCAUGCACCAGCAGAACCUCCUCCAGGUCCAGUGCUUGCAGCUGCAAGAGAGGAUGAUGAACCUUUUGGAGAAGAUGAUCCAGCCUCUCUCCACUACCUCAGUGGCGUGGGGUCAGGGUGGGGUGAAAGACCAAGCAAAACCUUAGAAGUGUAAUAGUAUGUUUGUGUGGGAAACAGAAUUUCUUGACUUCUGGCUAAGUUAAAGGAACACUUUGGAUUUUACUUUAACUGUAAGCUUCCAAAAGUUUAUCAAGUUACAACAGUUAUCAGAACAUACCUGAGACAGAAGCACCCCAAAUCAUAUGCCUUUACCAUUUCUGAGGGUGCCUGAAUAACAUAAGGAACGAGUGAUCAGCUAUAAAGAAAUAUUGAUACUUCAGCAUUUACAGUAAAUUAGGCUCCAGUCGGAGUUUUUAGUUUAACACUAGCUAUAUCAAAUCUUUCUUGAUAAUAUGUCAAAUACCUAAAUAAAAUCCCUGUGGGAGCAACAGU